AUGAGCGAGGAGGUGCAGCGACGGUCAAGUGCCAUCCCCACGUCUCAGGGUAUUGCUAACGCAGUUCCGGUACCAAAGAAGAACCCAUAUCUUCUUCGUAUCGCAACAUGCUAUGCCCAUAUUCCCAUGGGAUUCCGUGAGUUUGUACUUGCCGGGCCACUGCUAUUACUUGCUUUAGGCAUUGCGUACUUUGCUCCGACAUUGGCGCCAAUGGACAAAUUGACACAAGGUUUGCAACCAAAUACAGCACCCAUGUCAUCUUACAGAUUAGAGCCUAUACAUAACGAAAAGGGUGAGCUGAAGGGGUAUCGUCGCAUUUUCAUAAAGCAGGACAAAGAGGCUAAGACUUCGCACGAAUCUUAG